AUGGAGAAGAGGACAUACACUGUGGAGUGGCUAUCUGAGAGUAGCAAGAAAAGCUGCACUCAGCCUAAUGCGGCUUUUAAACAGCACAGACCGGCCCCUGGUUCCCAGUUCAAGGACAGAGACAAUGUUGCUAUGUCUACGGGUGGGCACAACUCUAUACCCAACAUUGGUUACAGAAGAAAGGACAACUAUGGUGUCAAGAAACUGCUUGGUGACGACAGGGCUGCCGCACCGCUGUCACUUAAGCAGAUAUCACAAGAACCCCCUGCGUUAAGGGAAGGGUCUGCUACCAGAUCCAGCCCUUUAAAGGAUGAUGAUGGCUGCUCGGAUGUUGACAGCUUAAAAAGCACAGAGUCCACAGCAUCAGAGGAUGAUGCAUCGUCCUCCAGACCUCGAACAAAGUUUACAGAAGAGCAACUUCAGGAACUAGAGAAGAGCUUCUUGGAAAAUCGAUACAUUGGAGCCAGUGAGAAGAAGCGGCUGUCCAGGGUCCUGAAACUGUCAGAGACACAGAUUAAAACAUGGUUUCAGAACCGGAGGAUGAAAUAUAAGCGACAAAAACAAGAUGCCCGAGUGGACGCCAUUUUUUCCAGACUUUACUUUCCGUACUACGGCUAUCCAGACAUACAAACCCAAAGCUGCUCUCUACAGCCAGAUGUUGCGAUGCCUUUACCACCUCUUGCACCUCUCCCACCACAACCGGCAACUCUACCUUACAGUUCAAUGCACGCAGCCAUCAGAGCAGGCAUACCAGGACAUCACCCACCAACCAACAUACUGCCCCCCACUAACUUCAGGCCCUGCCCCCUGCCCUCGAUGUACCUUCGACCAAUGCUCAAUGAAGGAGGUGGAGUGAGAUACAGCCAGUACUAA